AUGGAGAGCUACGUCCCACACGUCCAGAGGGCUGCUGGGGAGAUCCAAAGUUCCCAGUCUGCUUCCGGGUUGGACCGGUCUGUGGCCGGGUUCGUCCUGGACUUCUUCUGCAUGUCCAUGAUCAAUGUGGCCGAUGGGUUAUCGCUUCCUUCUUACAUUUACCUUACCAGCAACACGCACUCCCUAGGCCUCAUGCUCCCCUUGCUAGCUCGACACGACCAGGUCGGGAGAGAGGUCCGACCAUCCGAUCCAGCCUCUUCCAAGUUUCACCAACCCAGUUCUGGUCUCUGUCUUGCCGUCGGCAGUGCUCAACGGGAAGCCAGUGGCUAUGCGGCCUACAUCAAGCAAGCUCGCAGGUUCAGGGACAUUCAGGGAAUCAUGGUCAACACGUUUAUGAAGCUGGAACAGUUCGGCGUCAGCUCGUUUUCCAGAGGAAGCUUGGACAGACCGGCCGUGUACGCUGUCGGACCAGUAAUCGAACCAAAUGGUGUGCCAAAUCCUUCUCUAGACCGGGCUCACUGGGAGAAGGUCCAGGAGUGGUUUGAUGAGCCACCGCUGUCCUCGAUGGUGUUCCUGCGCUUCUAUCGGAAGGUUGAUUCAAGACUUCAUAAAGAGCAUUGA